UGGUAUCCAAAAAUAAUAUUGAGAGAAGGCAGCGUUUUUUGUCGAUAAAGUAGCCAUUACGCAACACAGGCCUCGAACACGAAAUUUCACACCAAAUCCGACCUGACAGGUGAAGAUAUUAAAAAUGCAGUAUGCUUCUCCAGAGUCAUCAAGAACCGCAGGAAGAGGAUCUUUCACCCUGCAGAACACAGUUAGCCUCAGUUUUAGGUCCUGCAAGAGUGGGAUGGGUUACAGCUGCAUCAGGACCCAAUGGUAUUGGUGUGUGUGGGCCUUGCUGACAUGCAUCGCUCUCUGGGAACAGGUCCUUGAGAAAAACAGAGUUUAUCUGAAAGGGAGGGAUGGUGUGGAGAUUGCAUAAUAUUCGUCAUGGCUUAAGAGAGUGGCUAAAGGUUAUGUACUGUGCCCAACUUGUCAAGGACAGAGCAAAUGCAUAAGGGAUGGGGCAAGGAAGGAGAGAGUGAGACAGGGGAGGGAGGAAAGAUCAGACCUCCCCUUUAACCUGUGGCAGCAGUAGCAGCAUUCUUGAUCCAUGACAGUGAAACAGCAAGUGCUUGGUGUUCUUAAGUCUGUGGGUUUCAUCUGGAGGAUUCACCAUCCACGCUAAACUAACAGAUGCGAAGAGAUUAUUAUGAGGAAGCCAUUAGAGACUCUGGACCCUGCGAGGAAUCGGGGAGUACAUUGUUCCUGUCAGGUUUAAGUAGAGUGGGCGUGUAACCAUGUUCGGCACUCCAUAGAUUUCAGACCACCGGACCCCUGAGCUGCCCGUCAACCAUGGAUGGGUCUGAUUGCACCCCUCUGCAGCGGAACAGCAAGCGCCAUCGAGUGCAUCACGUCAGGAGGAAACUACGCCCUUCUCGGAUUUUUGGUUUUAUCCUGAGCAUCUCUGCCCUCACAUUGUUCCUGUCUUGGAGUGCCUUUACUUUCACUUUGGGCCCAUUCCCAAGAUGGAUGCCACUCACCUCUCCCACAAACCAUGAGGAACUUGCAGAGCCAGUGCCACACAGAACUGUCCUAUCUUCCGACGAAGAGCGCAAUGUUUCGGCAGAUAUGCCCAUCGCUAUGGCCUCAUCCGAUGAGCACAAGGGAGACUAUCCAGAGGAUCUGUUCACAUUGGAGGAGAGGAGGCAAGGUGCUGUCGGGCUGCAUAUGUUAGGCAUGUUGUACAUGUUCAUUGCCCUCGCUAUCGUCUGCGACGAGUUUUUCGUCCCCGCUCUCACCGUAAUCACAGAAAAACUGGAAAUCUCGGACGACGUAGCGGGCGCCACCUUCAUGGCCGCUGGAGGCUCUGCUCCCGAGCUCUUCACCUCUGUGAUCGGUGUGUUCAUCUCACACAGCAACGUUGGCAUCGGGACCAUCGUGGGUUCUGCUGUCUUCAACAUAUUGUUCGUGAUCGGGAUGUGUGCUCUCUUUUCACGUGAGAUUCUCAACCUCACCUGGUGGCCUCUGUUUAGAGAUGUCAGCUUUUAUAUCAUUGGACUAAUUAUGCUUAUCGUUUUCUUCCUGGAUAACUACAUUACCUAUGUCGAGAGCAUUGGACUGUUACUCUGUUACGUAAGCUAUGUCACUUUCAUGAAGUACAACGUGACUGUUGAGACUUUGAUCAAGACCAAAUUACUCAGGAAUCAAGUGGACGACAUUGAAGCUCCUCCUAAGGUUAUCAGUGCAGGAGAUGAUGAAAAUAAACUCUCGGCUAAACCCCGCCUCCAGAGAGGAGGAAGCUCCGCCUCCCUCCACAACACCCUCAUGAGAAACAGCAUCUUCCAGCUAAUGAUUCACACUCUCGAUCCUCUCAGCGAAGAUAUUCUAGGGAAGUUCAAGGAGAAAGCAUCGAUCCUACACAAGAUUGCAAGAAAAAAGGGAGAAGAUGAAGCAAAUGGUGUUGUGGACAAGAAUCUUCCCAACAGCACUAAUGUGGAGGUAGAAGUCACUCCGCCCAUGAAUGGCAGUGCUGGACCUGAGGCUGAGGAGGAGGAGGAAGAUGAAGACCAGCCUCUGAGCUUGGCAUGGCCAGACACACCGAGGAAGCAAGUAACAUACCUCUUGAUUUUCCCCAUCGUCUUUCCAUUGUGGCUGUCGCUGCCAGAUGUCCGCAGAGAUACAUCAAAAAAGUUCUUUCCGAUCACAUUUUUGGGAUCUAUUAGUUGGAUUGCUGUUUUCUCUUAUCUGAUGGUGUGGUGGGCUCAUCAGGUUGGCGAGACCAUUGGAAUCACGGAGGAGAUCAUGGGUUUGACUAUUCUAGCGGCCGGUACCUCCAUUCCUGAUCUCAUCACCAGUGUCAUUGUUGCCCGGAAGGGUCUCGGCGACAUGGCCGUCUCCAGCUCAGUCGGCUCCAACAUAUUUGACAUCACUGUGGGCCUGCCUUUUCCAUGGCUGCUCUUCUCAAUCGUGAACGACAUGACUCCAGUGACCGUGAGCAGCAACGGCCUGUUCUGCGCCAUCGUUCUGCUCUUCCUCAUGCUCCUCUUCGUCAUUAUCUCCAUCGCUGUGUGCAAGUGGAAGAUGAGCAAGCUGCUGGGUUUCUUCAUGUUCCUGCUCUACUUUGUGUUCCUGGUGGUCAGCGUAAUGCUGGAGGACAAGUUCAUCAUCUGCCCGGUCUCCAUUUGAUUCCUUUAUCGUGCACGCCGUAGCUCUUUUUCUGGGAACAGACCCUUAUUUAUUGGGCAUCCGAAUGAUAACAUGAGAGCUUGACCGCAGCUGCGCUGUGGCUCUGCAUCUUUAUAUCCACUGAAGUCUGAGUAGCAGGGCUUUCCAAGCAGUAGUUUGUUAUGGGAAAGUAGUGCAAUAUUCUGCAUGCACUCUCAAAAGCAGUACAUAGAGACUUGAUGUACUGUAGAUUUUAGCCAUUUUUAAUACGCUUUAUGAAGAGGAUGGACUUUAAGAGCAAGGAGACACAACAUCCAAUGGGAAGGCGGACAUCUAUGGGGAAUGUCUACAGACUCAGGAAAGGACCUUUGGUGCAAAUAUGCAAUAAUAAAUCAAUCACGAUCCUGGUACUGUGCUUUAAAGCUCAUGAUAUCAUUAGCCUUGUGUUGCACAAUAACUUUAAAAGAAGGAAGAAACAAAGCUUUAUAUUUGCUUUGUCUGAACGCUGGUCCUUUCUGAUUGUUACUUGAGCAUUUUCAUUCUGAGUAUAUCAUAUCUUUUAUUGAAUAGACUUGUAGACAUAGUCAGAAGUCUAUUCUUAACUAAAUAUUUAGGACUAAAUUUAAGAUUUAUGUUUUUGAAUUGCUUCUGUCCAUUUGAAUUACAAAGUUUUAACAAACUAAUAAACUUCAUGUGAUACAUAUGAUGGUUAUUAUAGUUAACUAAAACAGCAACAACAAAAAUAUUUUCGUUACUUGACUUUUCUCAUUUUCAUUUCAUGUAACUUGAUGUAAAAAAUUUGAUUAAAAGUAAUAAAAACUAUAUAGACUUAAAAUUAAGUCAUUUAAAUCAAAUUAAAAUGGAAAAUGCAAAAAUAACUAAUUCAAAAUAUUAAAAAUACUAUCACAACGGUACUAAAAUAACACUGAUGCAUAUUUGUCAUUCAUACAUAAAUGAAAUAAGAUUUCUGUAAUAGUACGAACGCAGAAUAAGCAGGUUUAUAUAUUUAUCAAUCCAGUUUGUUUAAUUAAUUGAAUAUUGCUUGUUUCAUAGCAAUCAUAUUUUAACCCAUGCCCAUGCCUGAGUAAAUUGAAUUUGAGUAAAUGCAUUUUGAAGCAAACAUUUAAUAAUAACUAUGCCAUGAUUUUUUUUUUUUUUUUUGAGUGCAGAAAUCUAACCCAUUUCUUUUCAUUCAUGUAUGAUGGACAAAUAUGCAUUACAUUAAGUUCAUUAGUUUAUGUUAAAACUCUGUAAUCCAAAUGGAUGGAAUUUUUAUAUGCAAUGUCAAUACAUAAAUCUUAAAUUUAGGCCCAAUAUUUUUUUAAAGUGUAGAACUGCAAAUAAUCAGUAUCCAACUCAAAGAUUUGGAGCGCUCGUUGUACUAUUGAAUAUAAUUAACCACAUUAAUUAUGAUAUUUGGUAAAUGCGAUAUUUUAUAUGUUUAUUCUCUGGAACUGAUGUUUAAUUUGGCAUGAUUCGUUUGGAGAAAUGCAAUGAAUGAAUGAAUGAAUAGUGCAAGGCAUUCUCUGCUUAUAGAAGAGAACCAGUUAUCGCUCUCUCUUCACAAUCAGUUACAGCAAAAGCUGUCAUUUCUUGAGCUGUAGGGUGUCUUCAUCAUCUUCAGCAUCAUCAUCAUCUGUCUAGACUAUUGAGCAGUGUUCAUGAACUUCUACAGGCUCCACUGUUAUCAUAGCUGCCAGCUGGUGUUAAUGUGAGUAGAUGUGUGAGAGAGUUCGGUGCACUUUGCAGAACUCUUUAUUGAUUAUUCAUCCUGUAUCUCUCAUUCCUGUCUUAAAUCAUUUCGGAUGAUGGAAUGAAAUUUGGAAGUGAAAGUACUAAAGGAAUGGAGCACCCAACACCUUUGCAGUUGACCGUUAUUCUUAGUUAAAUACAUGUGUAUCUAUCCAUUCAUAAUUUCUGUGUAUUUACAUGAGUGAUGGACAAAAUAAAAUUAUUUCUAAACUUACACUAAA